AUGUCUCUACUUGUCAACAAUCCCUCGAAGCUCUGCUUUCGGAAACCUGUGGUGGUAAGAUCAUCAUCUCCUCUUCUCUCCUCUAAUGGCGUCUCAUCUUCUUUGCCGCAAAAUCCACCUUCUGUCAUCAUAUACGUUGAUCAUCGUUGUGGAGCAGAUCUCGGAAAACUCGUGAUUCAGAGGGCUGGUGAGAUCACUCCUCUGGAAAAAUAUCCAAUGAAGGAGGGCAUGGUGGAUCUAAACCCGGAUACAGAUCCGAAACACAUUUCCCUGCCUCCUCUCGAAACUCUUGCUCGUUGCCAAACCCAAAUCGUCACCAACGUGGCCAUGUCCUCCUCGUGUGUUGUAGCUGUCAAGUUCUUGGGACCUCAAAUAAGCUUUUGCAGACCGGCUCAAAGUAACUCUCAGUGGAUCAACAUCAGAGUUACUUUAUUAACUGCUAGUUUUAUAAUCUCAAGCUCUCUUCUUCUAAUUUCUCAACCAGUUCACUUAGAUGAGCACGGAAAUGCUGUUUGCACUCGAGACAUAGGAGAGAUCUCGUCAUUUUCCUCUCAAAAGUCUCAACCUUUCUGUGUCCCUGCUAGCUCCUUUCCCGGCAUGUCCUCCUCUAACAGAGUCCAAGUCUUGGAUGUCGACGACUCAGCAAUGGUCCGUCUAGAUUGGCUCACAACCAUUGACAGUACAAUCUAUAUAUAG